UGAUUUUUAACACAGAGGUUUUGUUGUUUGGAGUCGUUGCAGCUAUUUUUUAAAAGCCAUUUAAAACGUGGCAAUGAGUGCCCAUUAAAGUCAUCUAUGUCUGCCGUUGAGGGUUCAUGUUAAACGCAUUUUCGGCUUCACCCAGCCAGUCCAUGGCCGAUCAGCAUGAGACCAUCAACCUCAACAGUCCUCCAGUGGACCCCUCAGCAGCUGCAGCACACAGCUGGUUCCCUGGGCCCCCUCCACCCAUCUAUUCCUGUACCCUGACCCCUGAACUGGUGGCCAAGGCACGAGAGGAGCUUCAGGAAAAGCCAGAGUGGCGUCUCCGGGAUGUUCAAGCACUGAGAGACAUGAUACUGAAGGAGCAGCCCAACCUCAGGACCCGACUGGACGACAGCUUCCUCCUGCGCUUCCUGCGGGCCAGGAAGUUCGACUAUGACCGAGCCCUGCAGCUGCUACUCAAUUACCACGCAGGCCGUAAGGCUUGGCCGGAGGUCUUCCAGGACCUGAAGCCGUCCACAGUAAAACAUGUCCUGGACCUGGGCUUUCUCACAGUCCUGCCACAGCCAGACCCCAAUGGAAGAUACAUCCUCUGUCUCCGACCAGGAAAAUGGAAACCAAAUGAUUAUCCAUUUGUUGACAAUGUGAGAGCCAUUUAUCUGACUCUGGAGAAGCUGAUCCAGCCGGAGGAAACGCAGGUUAACGGUAUUGUCAUCUUAGCCGACUACACUGGAGUGGGCAUGUCACAAGCGUCCAAUCCGGGCCCGUUCCUUGCCAAAAAAGUUGUGAGCAUCCUCCAGGAUGGGUUUCCAAUCAGAAUCAAGGCCGUUAACAUAAUUAACGAGCCCAGGAUUUUCAAAGGCAUCUUUGCUAUAAUUAAGCCGUUUCUGAAGGAGAAGAUGGCAGAGAGGUACAUCCUCCACGGCUCAGACCUUCGCUCUCUGCACCGGAACAUCCCGCGGUCGGUUCUGCCGGAGGAAUACGGCGGCACCGCAGGCCAGCUGGACAUGAGUGCGUGGUCGAGACUGCUGCUGGACUGCGAGGAGGAGUUUAUAGUGGAGUUCUGCCAGCCGGAUCCACUAGAGGGCGUGGUGCUCCCAGACUCCAUGAUGUUUGAAGGAGCGCAGGCCAGCGGGCAGGAUGACGACACCUUCAGAGGGCUGCGCUCUCAGCUGUACUACUGUUACUGAUGCACACUGUAGAUGCGUACACUCCCGUCACUGAGAGGACAUUUUCUGUUUCAUUUGAAACAUUUGUGUAGACUUUUACAGGGCAAGUUGCCAAUAUUAUACAUGAAUUAUUUUACUAAGCAGCACUAUUAUAGGUGGAAAGUCUUCUCUGGUUUUUACGUAGCCCAGCAUUCACUAUUGGUCAAAGGCAGAUCCAGGAUCUAGAGAAGAGGCUUUUGACAUGAGCUAAUGCAUGUUUACCUUUUCCUGGUGGCCUCUGUGAAUUCAUUGUUACUGAUGUUUAAAGGAGAGGUUUUUCAUUAAUUGGGUGUGCAUAUGUACAUUGAAACAGGUUUUUCUUGCUAUUCCUCUAAAAAUACUCAAGGAUGGCUUCCUAUUGUACAUCCAAAGUAAGAUUGGGGACAAAAUCUACAGUACCAGUUACACAAAUCUAGUGAGUUUCUUCUAAAGUUCCUGUCUUUGCUGAAAAAUCUCUCUUCAGCAGCUCAGCACACUAACAUAGUCAAAGGAACCACUAACUUUUGAAGUUACCCUCUUAAUUUGAAUGCUCAAGACUCUUGUGAGCUUCAGCUAAACAUUGAAAUACAUCUCUGCAUCGUAUGUGGACUGUAAAUCAGAAGCAGUUUCUCUAAUAUGAUUGGAGGAAUGACUACAGUAAGGUAAAGCUGUUUCAGUAUACAUAGAGCUACUUGAGCAGCAUUUAAAGACAGAUGGGGAAAUCUGUCUUUUAACAUCUUCAGAUGAAUUCUAAAAGCUCACACUUGUUCAGUUAGUCUAGUAUCUUCACAGUGGCUGUCAGUGCUACAUUAGUCAUUAGCAUUGAGUCUGCAUGGUUGCGUUGCUCCACAAUUCAGCUGAAAACAAAUGGAGACAGUUUCUGUGUGUGCAACCAUCCAAUAUAUUGCCUUAAACUGUUGCUAAAAUCAUGUUGGAUCUAUGUGCACCACAGCAAUCUUCAAGUGCAUUCUCAUCAGGGCUCAUGUUACAUAAGAGGAGAUCUACUUCAUUGUUAGAGCGGACAUAGAUUUCUGCUGUGACUGAGAGGAAGAGUAAUUUCAUAGAUUUACCGAUAAAUGUUUUAGCCGAACAUGUAACUCAUAUUUCUGAGCCUUUGUUUAGUUGAUGCUUUAGUUUUCUGGCUUGGAUCUUCUGAGAGGAUUAUUUUUCUAAGUUCAGAUUAUCCGCCUUAUGUUUUUUUUGGUAACCUUUUUUGACCUGUUUGCCUGUGUUUCAUCACGCAGUCUUAACACAUGGCCAUUACAGAUCACUAGUCACAGGCUGGAUAGAACAUUCAGUGCUGAUUCUUUUUAAACAUGUGGUAUGCCAAAUUGUACACCAGGCCAUGUACAGAAAUGUGCAAUAAUAUUUCAUCUGCUUUCUCACAGUAGCCCAAAGCUAUCUUAAGUAUUUUAGUUCAGUGUUUUGUAUGUUUUAUUUUGAGCAUGUCUGUGACUACAAACUGUGUAUUGUGUUGCAGGAUAUUUAUUGUUGGUAGUGAAGACAGUAAAGUAAAGCUCUAUUAGAGAAAGUGCCA